GGCGGCGGGGCCGCGGGAGCGGAGCCCGGCCAAGGUGGGAGCGCCACGGAGCCCCGGGGCUCCCCCGCCUCGCCGCGGCCCCGCCGCUGCCGCUUCUGCCGCCCCCCCCGCGCCGGUAGCUUUGUUUGCUCAAGCAUCUCAGGGGCUUCGCGCAGCGGAGGGGGGGCUGCGCUUGUUGCUACCCCCCCCCCCCUCCUCCCCCCCCCCUCCCCCCCCCCGGGGGUUAUUUUCGGAGGGGAAGGUGGGGUGCGCGGCCGCGGGGUGGGACCUGGCUGGGGGGAGCCCGGAGGAUGCGAGAUGUUUGACUUUCUUUUUUUUUUUUUUUUUUUUUUUUUUGCCGGGGAGGGGGAAGACGAGGAGUCGAGCCCCAGCCCGGGAGGAGCUGGGUGUUUGGAAGAUGUUGCGAGCCAUUGACCGGAGCGUUUGAAGGGGCGAUCGGCUGCUUUGGCUUUUUUUCUUUUUUUUUCUUUUUUUUUUUUCCCCUCCCCCCUCCCCCACCUCUCCGGAGGGGUAGGGAUGUGUGAUCAGGGAGUGGAAACAAAUAUGUCCUUAUUUUCAAUGCCCCCUUUGAAAGAGACAAAGUAAACGCUCCUUGCAAAAUGUUCCUGACCUGCGAAGGGACCUUCGGAAUUGUUCCAGCUACCAUGGAUUACAAUGGGGAAGCCAGGCCAGGGGAUUUUCAUGCCGGCUAUCAAGAAAUCGAAGGGAUAAACUUGGGAUACUUACAGAUCAAUGGCACCCAGAUGUUUGCCUUGGCCCAGGUCCUCAGCGACCUGUUUAAGGAUAUCCCCAGGACCACCAUCAGCAAGAAGAUGGAAACCUUAAAGAUCAAGAGCCGACGCUGCGAUCUCAAGGAGCUCCGGACCCUCAAAGCCAUCCACUCGGUGCCCACCCGCGCGGUGAAAUGCUCGCUCAUAUCCAAGGCGGACCUGGAGGCUCUCUGCACCUCCUGCAAGAGCCUCAGCCCCAGGAGGAGAAAGAGGAAAAGGAAGAGCAAGCGGAGGGAGCAGCUGCUGCUGCCGGACCCCGGGGAGCUCUUCGCCUGCCCCCGGCCCCAGCUGCUGCCGCCCUGCCGAGCCGGCGCCUGCUGCGCGCCGGCGGCCCCCGGGCGCCCCAAGCUGCCCCCGGCCUUGGCCAAGGCGCGCUCGGCGCCGGCGGCGCUGCUGCCGCAGCCGUUCCACCACCGGCCCUUCCCCGGCCUCGAGAGGGCCCCGCGGGGCCGCCGGGGCUGCGGGCUGGCGGAGCGCGGCGGGCUCUUCGGCGGCGCGCUGGGCGCCUACCCCCGCGACCUGGCGCUGCUGCACCCCGCGGCCGCGCACCCCGCCGCGCACCCCGCGGCGCUCGCCGAGCCGGGCCGGCGCAAGCGGGGCCCCUGCUGCGCCAAGGGGCUCUUCCCGGCCGAGAAGGGCCCCGGGGGGGCCCGGAAAGGCCGCUCGUCCGCCUUCCCCGGCUCCAAGCGGCAGGGCACCUCCGCCGGCUACUCCAGCGACUCGGACUCCAGCCUGGACUUCGGCGGGUCCAGCCCCGCCACCUCCAGCGACUCGUCGGAGGAGGAGGAGGAGGAAGAGGAGGAGGAGGAGGAGGAGGAAGGGGACACGUCGUGCAGCAGCGAGGAGGGCAGCUCCUCGGAGUCGGAGAGCAGCUCGCUGUGCAGCGGGGACUCGGUGCAGAGCACCCGGUACAGGCAGGCGGCUCUGCCCCGCUUCCAGCCGCAGCCCCCCCGGGAGCCCCUCGGAGACGAGCGCCCCGCGGAGCCCCCACCGGGCGCGGGCAAGGCGCUGCGCCCCGACCCCGACCUCCUCUUCCUCUCGCAGCAGCUCUGGGCCAGGACUUUGCGAGCAUCAACUUCGGAAAGUUUGAGCCCGGCUCCAGCCCUGGGCUCGGGGGCCCAGCCGCAGCCGGAGCUGUACGCAAAGCAGGAGGCCUCCCCUUCCUCCUCCUCCUCCUCUUCCUCCUCCUCCUCCUCUUCCUCCUCCUCCUCCUCCUCCUCCUCCUCUUCCUCCUCCUCCUCUCCCCCUCCCUCCCCGAGCAGCACCCCUGGGGGGGACCCGCAACAAAAGGAGGGCGGCUUUGGGGACGCAGAGCCCUGCGCCAAAGGGAAGGAUUUGCACAAAGAUGCCUCGAACAAUAGAGCCUCGUUAGGCCCCAGUGACCAAGCAGAGAGGCAGAGCGAAGCUUUAGCCGGCCGAGCGGCUUCCCAAGAGCCGGCCCCGGGCUCGGCCCCGCAGCCCCCGGCCCCGGAGCUGGCGGGGAGCCUCGGCCCGGCGCCCCCCGGGGAGGCGGGGGAGCCCCGGCGGGAGCACUUUGACAGGCUCAUCCGGCAGUCCAAGCUGUGGUGUUACGCCAAGGGGUUCAACGUGGACGGGAAAAGUUUGCGCCACGGAGGGAGGACGGAGCCCUGCAAAGCUGCAGAGCUCAAAUCCCCCGGCUCCAAAAGAGCAGAGAGCCCCAGCACCUUGUCAAACAAAGCUUUGAAAGGCAAUGGCUCGGAAAGGAAUGCCAAGCGCAGACGCCUUGCCAGAGGCGCUGAGGCAGAAAGGCAACAGAGCUCCUCUAAAGGGAGGCCACAAAAGACUCAAAGGAGGAAUGCCAAAAAGGGAAACACUCAUUGCAAACGCCUCGGCAGCGCCGGGCCAACCCCGCCUCGGAAUUCCUUCAGCCUCAUGGGCAACUUCCCCUGUAUUCCCUCCCUGGUUGUGGGGGAAGAUGGGGACCUGUGUCCUGCCUCCUCCCUGGGGGUCAAAAACUCCUGGGCCCUCUCCAAAACUCACCCGCUGUGGAGCUGGCACCUGGGGGGCAACGCCAUCCCGGUGCCCCCCAGCCUCAAAUUCCGGGGCUAUAGCUUGGAGGAUCUCUAA